AAAAAAAAAAAAAGAAAAAAGGGGAAGAGAAAAAAAAAAAAAAGGAAAAAAAAAAAAGGCAAAAGCCGCCGCUGCCGUGCGCUGCCCCGGGGGGGUCCGGGGGUCCCGGCCGCCCCCCCCUCGUGCUUCCAGGGCCCGCGGCCCCCGCCGGCCCCGGUGCCCCCCGUGCCUUCUGCUGCCCGGUGCCCCCGGCUCGGGGUCCGGGGUGCUGGGGGGGGGGCCAUGGAGAACCCCCCCCCACCCCCCAAUCUCCGGGCACCAGCCCCCCCGCAGGGCCGGGGGUGCUUCCCUCCCCACCCCCCCCCCCCCCAGCCAUUCCUGCCCCGGGGGGGUCGGUCAAGUGCAAUAACCCCCCCAACUCCCCCCCAAAAUCCCCUCCCCAAGCUUCGACGGGCACCCCGAGGGUCAACCAGGCACUUUAGAGCCCCCGUGCCCCCCCCGGGGGGACCCCGGCCCCCCCCCCAUCCCCGCUGUCCCCCCCCCCCCCCCCCCCCCGCCCAGCGACAAUCAGGGGGUCCCAUGGGGGCGGCUCUUGCAACCAAAGAUUGGGGGGGGGGUCGCGGGGGGGGGGGGAGGAAGCUGAGCAGCCUCGGCCCCCCCCUCCAAAAAAGCUUCGCACCCCCUCACCGGGGGUCUGUCCGUCCGUCCCUCCCCGCUAUUGGGGGGGGGGCAUCCCCCCCAAAACCCCCCCCCCAGCCCCUUAACUGCUUCCAGCUCUGGGCCCAGCCGUGCCCCCCCCCCCCCCCCCAGCUCUGCCCAGGGGCCUCCCGGUUCUUCCAGCCCCCCCCCCAAAAUGCAGGGGGGGUCCCCAGAGGGGUCCCCGGGGCAGUGGGACCCCCCCCCCCACCACACAUCUACCUCACCCCACAGCUCGGGGGGCGCCUAGCCCUGGUCUGGGGGUGUCGGGGGGGGGGGGCUUCAGUCUUUUGCCCCCCCCCCCCUCUCCCCCGGGGUGACGCCCCCUCCCCCCGGUUUCCAGCCAUCACCCACCUCCCCCCCGUUGCUGCUACGGCCCGGCCCCCCCCCCCGGGCACGGCCCCUUUGGUCGGGGGGCUGUGACCCCCCCAAGGAAGGAACCAAAGAGGGAGACCCCCCCCCCCCCCACACCCUGGACCCCCCCCCCCGGGGCUGGGGGGGGCGCUGGGACCCCCGUGCUGAGCCCCUGCCCCGCUGCUGGUUUGGAGGGGGGGCUGAGAUUUGGGGUCCCAUCGGUCCUGGGGUGCGAUGUGGGGGGGGGGGGGGAAGCUCGAGCUGCCAAGCCGAGACCACCCCCCCCCCCCCUCGCCCCCUCGGCCCCCCCCCAGGCCCCCCCUUUAAUUUAUACGUAGCGCAUUUUGUACAGGUUUUUAAGUUGCUUUUUUUUAAAAAAAAAAAAAAAAAAACUCGAGAGGUUUCUAGUUUUGUAUUUUCUUCCUCCUGCUUCCGCGCUCGCCCCCCCCUCCCCCGCGACCCCCACCCACCCAAAAACACCCCCGCGACCCCCCCCCCCC